GAAAGAAAUGAUUGUUUUGUUGCAAAUUAUAAGCAUGAAUGUGUCAAACCCUAAGUUGGUCGUGUAAGUUGAUGAUGAUGGUAUUAAGUCAUAUAAUCAUUCGACUUCUGUUAUGUUAUCAGUGCAGGUAAUGAAGAUAAAUGAAUUUUGCAGCUGGGUCAUCUUGUGGGAAGGAGCUGUUCUGUUAUUUUCAUGUGGGGGGGAAAUUUGUGACAAAUGGUGAAGGUGAAGUGAGAUAUAAUGGAGGUGGCGUGAGGUUAAGAAGCAUUAAGGAUGGGCUGACACUUGAUGAAUUGAGGCUAAUGAUAUCUGAGUGGAUUGGUGGCGAUGGAAGAAAUUAUGACAUUAAGUACACAGUGGCCUUUGAUGAGAAGACAUUGAUUGACCUUCAUGACAAUGCUGAAAUGUAUAACCUCUUUCAAUACAAUGGGAACAGCGGUCAUGUGUAUGUCGCCGAAAAAAGACAAGUGGGUCCCCAACCAAGGGACAAUGUAGAAAUAACAGAGAGAUUCAUGGGCAUGUCACAGCAAACUGAACUGGAUGCGUCUCCCAUUAGUUUGUGUUGUGAUUAUGGCUGGCUCAGUGAAGAAAAUGCUCGUGAAUGUGACAAUGAUGAAAUAAGUGGGCCCCCUAAUGUGGAUAAAUCUAUCGGAGCUGAAGAUACGGAUGGUAGUGAGAUGGUUCAUGCGGAAUGGAGGGGACUUUUAACAGGAGUGGGCCAACGUUUUCCUAGUGCAGAUGUAUUUCGGGUGUCUGUAUACAAGUUUGCACUUGCAAACAAGUUUGUGGCCAAGUAUAUGAGGAAUAGCAAGGAAUUCAUGUCGAUAAGGUGUAAAGUUGAGGGUUGUCCAUGGAAGCUAUGUGCAAAUCAUGUGGGGAAGAGUUGUGAUGUGCUACGAGUGACGACAUUUAUAAACCGGCAUGUUCAUUCUGCCCAAGAUAGCUUGGACGUGAUGCAUAGUGGAAGAGCUAGUUUGAACUCAUCAAUAAUAAUUGAUGAGAUGAGGGAUCAUGCAGACAAGCGCACUUCUGAGAUAAGGAAGAGGUUGAAACGAGAGUAUGGGAUUGAUCUAACAUAUAAACAGGCUUAUAGAGCAAGAGAGAAGUCACUGGAAGACAUAUAUGGCAGGCCCGAACAAUCAUACAUGCUCAUACCAUGGCUAUGCGAAAGGAUAAAGGAAACAGAUGAAAAAUCAGUGGCUGAAUGGACUGCUAUUGGGAACCGGUUUGAGCGUGUUUUCAUUGCUUACGGGGCAUGCAUUGAGGGUUUCUGGGUGGCGCGAGGCAUAUUAUGUAUGUUGAUGGAACUCACUUAA